AUGGCGCCUGCUCCCAUUGAUCCCCGCAUCGUAGAUGUUGUGGUGCCGAAGAAAGAUAACUUGGGCCUCCCAGAGCCGACGCGAGAGCGUCUAGAGAAGGCCGGUAUUGAUCUCAGCGCAGGAUAUCCCUACCGUCCGUCUCGUCCCCUCUAUAAAGACGACGUGUUUAAUGUCCGAAACGAGGACCGCCCCCAUAUAGACCCGGGGAGUCGAGCAGAUCCCGAGAAAAAGGCGCUCUUUUCCGCAGCCAAGGAAAUCAACCAUUUAACAAAACAUAUUGGUACCGAAGUGGUUGGGGUGCAACUCAAAGAUCUCACCGAGCAGCAAAAAGAUGAGCUAGGGUUGCUGGUUGCUGAGCGGAGUGUAGUCUUCUUCAGAGACCAAGACAUCAGCCCUCAGCAGCAGAAGGCACUUGGAGAGUGGUAUGGCGAAGUCGAAGUUCACCCACAAGUUCCUCAGGUUCCUGGAGUGCCGGGGGUGACUGUCAUUUGGCCCGCGCUCCAAGCCACUGAGAAAGAACCCGCGGGCGUGACCCAUCUCCAUAAUGACACGGUCCCAACCGUAGGAGACGAUACCCUCUGGGCAAGUGGAUAUGGUGCUUAUGAGAAGCUUUCACCUGCAUUCCGCAAGUUCAUCGACGGCAAGACGGCCAUCUAUCGGUCUGCCCAUCCCUACCUGGACCGGAGGAAGCCCGAAGCGGGGCCUUCGUACGUCGAGCGCGAACACCCUUUGGUUCGAGUGCACCCUGCCACUGGCUGGAAAGCGCUCUGGGUGAACCGCGCGAUGACAGUGCGGAUUGUUGGCCUGGACGAGGAUGAAAGCGACUUGAUUCUGGGUUAUUUGAAUGACGUCUACGAAAAGAAUGCGGAUAUCCAAGUCCGCUUCAAAUGGACCCCGAGGACAAGUGCUAUCUGGGACAACCGCAUCACUAUUCACAAAGCUAGCUGGGACUAUGAAGGCCUUCAACCACGCCACGGUACUCGAGUGACUUCAUUGGCCGAGAAGCCUUUCUUUGAUAGUAAGGCACCUACCCGGCGAGAAGCACUGGGACAGCUGGGCGCUAGCGAGAUCGAAGAAUUGGAGAAGUUCCGAAAGCUGCAGUUGCAGUAG